CUUCCCUCUUCCCCCCCUCCUUCCUCCCCCCUGCCGCCUCCCUUCCCUCAGCCAAUGGGCGCGGAGGAAAGCCCUCGUGCCGCUGACGCCCCCACGGGAGCCCCCCUUUUAAAAUAAAGCGGCAGCGGCGGCGGGUCACCCCUCGGCGCGCAGCGCAGCGCGGCUGGAAGAAGGUGGAGGACGGGAGAGGGGGAGGGGGCGCGUCGCGUCCGUCUCUGCCUGUGAGGGAGGAGGGGGCCUCGCUCGCCUGCCCGCCCGCAUAGACAGACAGACAGACACACAGACAAACACAGCGACGCGGGAUGCCCGCUGCUCCCGUGACGAGGGACUGAGACGGACGGGGGGCCGAGAGGUCGCCAGGAGGAGGAGGAAGAAGAAGGCGGCGAAGGCGCGUGGGGAGGAUCUGGUGCCCGCUCCACGGCGCGGCUGAGGAUGGCGCCGGUGAACGAGCAGCUGACGCCGCAGGGCGCGGGGGACCCCGCCGCCCCCCUGCCCGGCCCGACAGAGGCGGCAGCGGCAGUGGUGGAGCCCCAGCAGGAGAACGGCGGAGAGUGGUGCCGGGGGAGCGUCAGCCCGGCCGCACCGGAGGGAGAGAGUGGGGACCAGCCUGGGGCGGCUGCGGCGGCGGCGGAGGACGCCCCCGGGAGCGUGAGCUGCCCUGAGAGCCCGGAGUUUGAGCCCCCUGAGGGCGGCUGGGGCUGGGUGGUGAUGCUGGCCGCCAUGUGGUGCAACGGCGCCGUCUUCGGCAUCCAGAACUCGUGCGGGGUUCUCUUCGUCUCCAUGCUCGAGCUCUUCGGCGGCAGCGACGACAAGCAGAUGAGGUUCAAAACAGCAUGGGUCAGCUCACUUUCUAUGGGAAUGGUCUUCUUCUGCUCCCCAGUAGUCAGCAUAUUCACAGACCUGUUUGGCUGUCGAAAAGUAGCUGUCACUGGAGCUGCAGUAGGAUUUGUUGGACUCCUUUCAAGUUCUUUUGUAAGUACCAUUGAACCUCUCUACUUCACCUAUGGAAUCUUAUUUGCCUGUGGCUGCUCGUUUGCUUACCAGCCAUCCUUGGUCAUUCUGGGGCACUAUUUCAAGAAACGCCUGGGGCUGGUGAAUGGCAUUGUCACUGCAGGCAGCAGCUUGUUCACCGUGUCACUGCCCUUCCUCCUGAGCAUCUCCAUCAGUUCCGUCGGCCUCUGCAACACCCUGCGGGUCCUGUGCAUCCUUAUGUUUAUCCUGUUCCUGGCUGGCUUUACGUACAAACCUCUCAUUUCCAAUGCCAAAGACAAGGAGGGAGGAAAGAAGGGAAAGUUCAGACUUCCUCCCGAAAAAAAGAUUUUCAAUUUCUCCGUUUUCAAAGUUCUCAGUUACCGAAUCUGGGCUGUUGGGAUCCCAGCUGCACUUUUUGGAUAUUUUGUGCCUUAUGUUCACUUGAUAAGUCACGUAAAAGACAGAUUUGGUGACAGCAUGCCAGAAGAAGUACUUCUGCUGUGUCUGGGCAUUACCUCAGGAGUUGGCAGAUUGAUCUUUGGCAGAAUUGCAGAUUAUAUUCCUGGUGCAAAAAAAGUUUAUUUACAGGUGGCCUCAUUCUUCUUUAUUGGCCUGAUGUCUAUGAUGAUUCCACUGUGCCGCGUCUUUGGAGCUCUCAUUGUUGUUUGUCUCUUCAUGGGCAUCUUUGAUGGGUGCUUCAUUUGCAUUAUGGCUCCUAUUGCCUUUGAGCUGGUUGGGGCUCAGAAUGUCUCCCAGGCUAUAGGAUUUCUACUGGGAUUCAUGUCAGUACCUAUGACAGUCGGUCCACCCAUUGCAGGUUUGCUCCGUGAUCGCCUGGGGACUUACGAUGUAGCAUUCUACCUGGCUGGAGUCCCUCCCCUCAUUGGUGGUGCCAUUUUAUGUUUCAUCCCCUGGGUCCACGAACGGAUGAAGCUGAAAGAAAGAGCAAAACCUGUUGAUGGAGAAACUAAUGAGAAAAUGCUGGAAAAUGAAAGCACUUUGGCAUCGGGCAGUACAGAAAAGUCAGUCAAAGAAACAGAAUCUGGUUUUUGAUGCUUUCUUUUCCUAUACCAGACUGACAACCUUCUACUGAAACUAGACUUGUACUUUUUGGCUGAAGAUACAGAUAUGUGAGACUGAAGAAGUUAUGAACUAGUGCUCAAACUGCAAAACUGCUCUAAGAAUCUUUUAUACCUUUGAACAUUUUUGGGUGAGACUUUGAUUUCAAGCCACGUUUUCAAGGUAUUUGAAGUUUUAUGGCAUUAGUGUGUUCAUGCGUGGUGAUUCUGUGUGUGAAGAGAAUAUUUUUCUAAUUCAUCACGAGUUAUUUCUGGGAGCGUAGAAGCUGGGUUUGGUUCACUGACCCAGAAUUCUUUAUUAACUUUUAUAGUCUAUCCAAUGCAGGCACACCUGUGCGUGUUUAUACUGGGAAAUGUAGUAGCUCUUGUCACUGAUUUGUUUCCUGAAUUUUAUUUUAGUCUUUUACAAUUCUAUAUCAAGAAUACAAAUAUACAUCUUUUUGAUUCCCUUGACUGUUGGUGAAAUCAUUAGAAAGCUAAAUUAUUAAAUGUCUGUUAUAUUUUUGCUAAAUAUCCCAGCCUGCUCAGUUUCCUUGAACUUUCACCUGUUCUUGCAUUGAUUCACCUUUUCACAGUAGCCCAAACAAAGAACAUUAAGGAUAAAUUUCUUGAUGGGCACAGGUUUUAAAUAUGCACAAAUUAAGCUCCAGGUGUAAACACAUUGAGAAAUAAUGCUACUGUGAGUGAUAGAUAUUUUUUUAUUUGGUGAAGGCCAUGCUAUUAACAUAUAGAUGUGUAUUCUUUCUCAGCUAAAUCUCAGAAUAUCUGAUAGUAUUGAAAUUAUAUGGACAGUAAUACUUUGCAGUAUGGUAAAUUAGACUAAAUUUCAAGUUAUUCUGUUGUACUUGUGAGGUGGUUCUUUUUCUUGGAAAGAAGACAGCUUUAAGGAAUACAUUCUAAGUGCAAUAAUAAGUUGUUUUUAACUUGGAAAUAUACACGAGCUAUUAAAAUGAUAUCCACCAAUUAAAUAUUUUUGCACUAAAUGAACAUGCAGGUUUAUUAUAGGUCUUUAUAGCUGUGUUCAAUUGUCUGUAGGAUAUAGCUCCAUAUUUUAUUCAAAUAUGAAAUGUCUUUAUGCCCUAUUUCUUGCUUAACAUAUUAGACUUGGCCCUAGUACUGAUGGUUUUGUAGGCAUUAUGCACUGUUUGUCAAGCAGGUAUUUCUGAAAUCCUUUUUCUCUGAAAAAUAUUUGAAAGCAUAAUCCUUUGAGAUCACAACACUGCUUUCCAGUUAAUCAUAAAACACUUCCAAGUAUAUUUAUUUGUGGAUAUGGAUCAGCAAUGGAAUUUAUCAGUGGAAUUUACAAUAAUUUUUAUUCCAUGUCCAGUUCUAAAUGGCUUUUUUCCUGUUCAGAAGUGUCGUAGCCAAGAGAAAACUAAAUGUGAUCUGAAGACAAAAUAGACACUGAAGUGCAUUUUCUUAAUUAGUAAUUAUCUGUGCUUUACAUAAACCAGAGACACACUAUUUAAAAAUUACAACUUUUAUUGUCUUUUCUAUUACUCUUCUUCCUCCAGAGUUGUAGUAAAUUGCUCAGAAAGCCUAUGCACAUUUGUGUUAUAAAACAUCAUGUUAGCAAUACUACUGCUUAGAAUGUUUACAUCUGUCAACUUACAAAAGCUUAUAGAAGUCCUUCAAAUAUAAUAAUGCAAUGCAUCCUAAUUAUUUGAGACCAAAGCUCAUACUUUUUAUACUGCAGAACCUCAAUCCCUGCUUUACAUGAGUGAGGUAUAAAAAGAGUUUAAUCUUAAAAUAUUAGAGGUGUAUGGGAGGGACUUGGAGGUGGGAAAAAGCCCAACAAAUCUGUGAUACAAAUGUUCCUUUAGCUUCACUAGGACUUGUGCUUCUGCACCUCAUAAACGCUUCUAAAAAUGUCAUUAAAAUAUUAAUAGUAGUGUUAAAUAUAUUACUACAAACUGCUGCCUUCAUUACAAAAAUUAUGUUAACACUUCAAGCUGUUCUUCUCUGGAGUAUUUCUAUAUUUUUCAGUAUUAUAUUCUACUUGGGCAAUACAAAAGGUGUUGAUUAAGUAUGGUAAAAGCCUCUUUUUUUCCUAUUGCUCUGCUAUGAAAAAUGGGACUCAUCACAGAUCUUACACUUCAUGUCACUUAGCUUUGAGGUUUUAACCAAAAACAAGGCUGCUUUUAAAGACUGAUACAAUUUGAAAUCAUUGAGACCAGACAUCUUGCUGCAAUUGUGGCAUCUUCCUGACUUGCUGCUCUUUAUGUAUAUAAACUACCUGGGAGAGAAUAUAAAUAAUUGUUGAUAAGUUCUGAAAAUGAUACAGAAACAGUAUAACAGUAGUUUGGAUUAAUUAUUGCCAUACACUUUAAAAAUAGAUUUGAACAUAAAAAUCCAAACUCUCAUAUUCGAGUAACUAAAUAAGUAAAUUAUGCUCACAGAUUUGAAGGACAGCAUUUAAAAAAACCCUACGAACACCAGGGACUUCAGAAAGAGGGGAUGAUGUGUGAACAGUUCUUUAGGAGAGCUUGCUGUGUUUAAAACCAGCCAGUGCCAGACAAGGGGGCAAGAGGCUGUGCUGGUCUGAUGAUGGUCGGGAUAAUGAACCUGUUUCUGAUGCCAGUGUUUGGUUUGUUUGAUUGCUUGUUUGUUUUUUCUAACAACAAUGCUGAAAUUGAGACUUCAGAAAAAAACACACCAAAAAACAAACCUGAAAUUUCAGACAAGGUAAAAAAAAAAAAAGGUAAAUGAAUGUAUAAGAAUUCUGCUAGCAUCUUCACUGUUAGCUUGCAUCUGUGGGGCAAAUGUCUAACAGAAAAUUAUCUUUAUUUGCCACAAGAGCAAGAAGACUGUGUCCUAAAGUUUGAUAAGGUGCAGCUGAAAUAAAAGUAAUGUUCAGAUUGUUAGCACUGAGCCUAACGAACCAUUGAGGGACCCAGAAAGCUACUGGAUUCUGUAUGUUCUGUGGUUUUAAAAAGAUCUUCCUUUAAAAAAAAAAAACAAAACAAACAAGUAAAACCCAACCUAAAGCAAGAAAACCCACAACACAAAUAGCUGCUAUUUAGUACAUCUUUGAAAAAGUGAUUGAAUAAUGUAGAGAUGGUCACUAUUCUGAAAACGAGGGAAGAAAAGCACAGAAUAUUCAAUUUAUUUAGACUGAGUAAAUAUAAAUAAAAGUUUGUAGGAAAAUUUCAUUUUGUUAAUGGAAAACCUGCUGAACUCAUAUUUUGAUGACCUAAUUCAUGUCAGAUUUAAUCUUAUUGUAGGGUAGAUUCUAAAAUUAAAACAGUAGCUUAGUUCAAGAAAACCCUUGUAUCAAUCUGAUGUAUUCCUCCAGUACUUUUUAAAUAGAUAUUGCUCUCCUGUCCUAGGAACAGAGUCUUUUUUUUUUUUUUUCCAUUCAGAAAACUCUGAAUUACUGUUCUCAGAUUAAGAAGCUUUAAAAGAAACUGGGUAGAAAGAAUUUCACUUCAAACAGCAGGGUGAAACUUCCAGACCUACCUGAUGCUGUAAUUUAUCAGCUCUUGUAACCAAGACAAAUGUUGAGCAAGGGGUUGGUUUUAUGUAUGGCUGCCACAUCUUUUCAGUAGGUCUGAUAUCCUUGUAACUCUUAAUGUAUCUGUUCAGCAGAGUGUUUGAAAUAAUGAAAACCUUCAGGUUCAUUCUUACAUCUAAGCUAUGCAACAAUAUAUAAUAUAUAAUUGAUACAAAAAAGCAUUGAUGGAUCUAUUCUGGCUACAUGUUGAAGGACCUGUAUGAGUCCCAAUCUAAGACUUUAAAAUUAAGAUACUGUUAGUGAGGGCUUUUUUCAUCCAGAUCUUUGUAUGCUCAGCAUUAACACCUGAAUUUUUUUUCUAAGUUUACUUUGACCGACUGUUUACAGACCUUCCCAUAUUACUCAAGUCAAAGAUAGCACAGCCACUCUGUGGCCAUCCUUCAGGGUCCAGGCAGUACCAGCUGAGGAAGGCAAUGAUGUCUUUCUCCUUGGGCUCUCCAUGUAUGUUGUCUGGGCAUAUAUAACAUCCCCCCCCUUCCCUUAGGAGACACUGGAUUUUCAAAGCUGAUGAACACCACACUGAGUACAGAUAAUACUUUUCAGCCUCCCUUUCUCAAACUUCCUCCCUGCAUUAAUGAAACCUUUAAGUAGUCAUAGCCUGAUAGACGAGGCAAAGUUUUUUAUGAAAUGGGAGAUGUGAGGUUGAAGCACCUCACAGGAGUCCUGGAGGGAGUUCUCACAGAUGCUAGGUGAAUGCUUUGAUCACAUACUUAUGAUGAAAAAACCUGACACUACCUUUUUAAAGCAAGGGUACCCUGCUCCGUUAUUUGCUUCAUGCCAAAGGGAUGGGAGAUGCUUCCUUGCAGCCCCAAAGGAAGUAUCUAGGGAUGGGAAUCACUCCUUACAAGUUAGCCCAAGCAGCCAGGUCCUCACUCUCUUGGCACAGGCCACUCCCUGCUUUGCUGCUUGCUGUGCUGGAGCCCACAGGACGGGGCUUGGCCACCCUCUCUGAGCAGGGAGCAGUGGUGCUGCCUGGCUGGGGGCCCAAUUCCCCUUUGGGGAUUUGGAAGUGCUACAGAAAGUGGCUUUUAGGCAUCUUAACUCCUUUGUCAGAACUGGCUCUCUGAUAUUAAGAGUUUGUGUGUGUGUGUGUGUGUGUGUGUACAUAUAUAUAUAAAUACAAUGUAUUUUGACCAGGGCAUACACAAACAUUUCUGCCUUUAACUACAGGAGCUGUAGCACUGGGAUGUAGGAAACAGCUGAGGAAAAAGUAAUUAUUUGCAUUUGUGUUUUUCAGUGUUCAUGAGCACAGCACCAUUACAGUUCCAGACAGUCCAUAAGUUUCUAGUAGUGAACUUGAGCGUGUGUUCAGUAUGCCUUUACAUAUCAUAUGUAGAGUGUCAACAUUUUUAAUGUUUUGGAACCGUGUAUGCUAAGAGUAGAGUGAUUUUUUUUUUUUUUUUACUGCAAUGUGUGCUGUUAUUGAUAACACCGACAUGCUUAAGUAUCUUUAUAGACAUCAUAUUUUGUAUGUUGUUUUUGAUAUUAAAGGAUAUACAUUUUGCUGGCCUUAACUCCAUUCUUUAAAGUUCUGCUUCAUGUGAAGGGUAAGAAGUGAAUGUCUAAUGUUUUCAUGGUGCUAAAGUAGCUGUGAUCACUCAAAUUAUUCAGAAUAAAGAUGAUUGUUCUUAAGUGCCCCA